AUGAAAUCUGUUCGUAGUUUAAAAAUAGAUGAAAAAAAUAAUCAAACAAUAGCAAUGCUCAAUGAUGAAAAUCAUCCGACACGAACAAGAACUGAUGAUCAUCGACCAGGAUUACAAAAAUGUUGUUCAAGUUUUUUCGCAUCUCUUCGUAAUAAUUUACUUCUCACAUUGACCAUUGCCGGUGUUUUUGUGGGCUUACUGUUCGGAUUUCUAUGUCGUUCAUCAAAGCCAUCCGCCGAAACGGUUAUGAUACUAUCGUUUCCCGGUGACAUUCUUAUGCGUAUGCUCAAAAUGCUUAUUUUACCUCUUAUUACAUCCAGUCUUAUAACUGGUUUGGCUGUACUUGAUCCAAAAUCAAGUGGAAAAUUAGGUAUCUAUGCAUUAACAUAUUACUUUUGUACAACUAUACUUGCUGCUAUACUUGGUAUUGUACUUGUACAAUUGAUUCGACCAGGUGAACGAGGUAAUAAAGCUCAAUUACGUUCGGAAUUAUUAGGAGAUGAUCCAAAAGCUGAUCAAAUCACAACACUUGAUGCAAUAUUUGAUCUAUUUCGAAAUAUGUUUGCGGAAAAUAUCAUUCAAGCUGCACUUGAACAAGUUAAAACGACAAGAGAAUAUGAUACUGUUAAUGUGAAUGGUACAGCAGUGACUAAAGUUAAAUUUAUUACACGUUAUGUUGCUGGUACCAACUUUUUGGGUUUGAUUACAUUUUGCUGUGCAUUUGGUAUAACAAUUGGAACAAUGGGAAAACGAGGUGAACCAAUGUUACAUUUUUUUCUCAUAUUAAAUGAAAUUGUCAUGAAAUUAAUUAAACUUGCCAUGUGGUAUUCUCCAUUUGGUAUCAUGUUUUUAGUUGCUGGAAAAAUUCUCGAAAUUGAGGAUUUACUUAAAUUAGCUCAAAGUUUAGGAAUGUAUGCAUUAACAGUAUUAACUGGCUUAGCUAUACAUUCAUUGGUUACAUUACCAUUAAUAUUUUAUAUUAUAACACGUCGAAAUCCAUUUGCAUUUUAUAAAGGAAUGCUUCAAGCUUGGUUAAUAGGUAUUGGAACAGGUUCAAGUGCUGCAUCAUUACCCGUAACAUUUCGAUGUUUGGAAGAAACAUUGAAAUUAGAUCGACGUGUAACACGUUUUGUAUUACCAAUUGGAGCAACUGUUAAUAUGGAUGGUACGGCUUUAUAUGAAGCUGUUGCUCCAGUUUUUCUUGCCCAACUUAUGGGACGACAAUUAGGUAUUGGUCAACUAAUUAUUGUUAGUUUAACGGCAACAGUAGCUUCAAUCGGAGCUGCAUCAAUUCCAUCGGCAGGUCUUGUUACAAUGCUUUUAGUUAUGUCAGCUGUGAAUAUUCCUGCAAAAGAAAUAACAAUCAUAUUUGCUAUUGAUUGGGCUUUAGAUCGAAUUCGAACAUCGGUUAAUAUAUUAGGUGAUGGUAUUGGAGCUGGUAUUGUUGAUCAUCUUGUUCGUAAUAAAUUAGGUCCAACUGAACUUGAAGAAGGAGAAAAUACAAAUAAACCUAUUCAAGCUCGAACAGCAUCACGACUUAGUGCUGCACGACGUUUGCAUAGUCAUGAUGAUUUCAAUGAAACAGCUAAACUUUAA